GCAGCGCUCCAGCUUCCUGCCCAGCUACAUCAUCGACGUGCGGGAGCUGGACGAGAAGCUCCUCAACAUCAUCGACCUCCAGUUCCUCCAUGGCUACUACGAGCCCACCCUCCUCAUCCUCUACGAGCCCAACCAGACCUGGCCUGGGCGCGUGGCGGUGCGGCAGGAUACGUGCAGCAUCGUUGCCAUCUCGCUCAACAUCCUGCAGCGGGUGCACCCGGUCAUCUGGUCCCUCAGCAACCUGCCCUUCGACUGCACCCAGGCGCUGGCCGUGCCCAAGCCAAUCGGGGGGGUCGUCAUCUUCGCUGUCAAUUCCCUGCUCUACCUCAACCAGAGCGUCCCCCCCUAUGGGGUGGCCCUCAACAGCCUCACCAACGGCACCACCGUCUUCCCCCUGCGCAUUCAGGAGGGGGUGAAGAUGACGCUGGACUGCGCCCAGGCCACCUUCAUCUCCUACGACAAGAUGGUCAUCUCGCUCAAGGGAGGGGAGAUCUAUGUGCUCACCCUGAUCACGGACGGGAUGAGGAGCGUCCGCUCCUUCCACUUCGACAAAGCGGCCGCCAGCGUCCUCACCACCUGCAUGGUGACUCUGGAGCCGGGCUUCCUGUUCCUUGGCUCCCGCCUGGGCAAUUCCCUGCUCCUCAAGUACACGGAGAAGCUCCAGGAGGCUCCGGCCAAAGAGGCCCCAGAGCGAGCG